AUGUCGGAAGAAAAGAUUAUUUUAAAUAUUGGAGGAAUAAAGUAUGAAACAUUUCGAUCUACACUCACUACACAGCCAGAGACAUUACUUGGAACAAUAUUUCAAGAUCGAAACGAAUACUUUAAAUAUUUGGUUAAUGGAACUGAAUAUUUUUUUGAUCGUAAUGGCAAAGCAUUUUACUAUAUAAUGGAAUUUUAUCGAACUGGAAAGCUUUUAUGGCCCAUUGAAACUAAAGAGUCGCAAGUUACUUAUCAACAACUUGAAGAAGAACUUGAAUAUUUUCAAAUUAAUAGAGCGAAAAAAAAUUCUUCAUUGACAUUAAAAACUGCUAUAAAUACAAUUGAUCGAUUCCUUUCAAGUCUUGAACAAUUAAUCAUUAGUCAUUACGUGAACUUUAACAAUGGAAUUUUUUUAGAAAUUCAACGCAAUAAUAAUGAUCAAUUAGAUAGUCGUCUUAUUCCAUUUAGAGAAUAUGCUUAUGAUAUCCUUAGUAAUAUGGAAAAACAGAUUGAAAAGCAUUUAGUUCAUACCUUUUCUGAAUUAGAAUUGAAAUGGAAUUGUUAUAAUUAUAAUUAUUCAUUUGUAAUCAACAUCACUCUUUCAUCUCCACUUGAAAUGUUAUUAAAAUCCGAGAAUUCUCAAGCCCACAUCGUAUUUACUCAAGCCCCAACCAAUACAUCAGACGAAAAGAUUAUUUUAAAUGUUGGAGGUAAAAAGUAUGAAACUUUUAAAUCAACUCUCGUAGCACAACCAGAAACUUUACUUGGAACGAUGUUUCAAGAUCGAAAUAAUUGCAUGCUGCAUCCAAUUAAUGGAAAUGAAUAUUUUUUUGAUCGUAAUAGUGAAGCAUUUUAUUAUAUAAUGGAAUUCUAUCAAACUGGAAAGCAUACAUGGCCCACUGAAUCUGGAAAAGUUACUUGGAAACAACUUGAAGAAGAACUUGAUUACUUUCAAAUUCCUUUUAAAAAAUCGACAGCCAUUUCUUCAUCAACUUUGAAAACUGCUCGAGAUAAUUGUAAUAACAUCAUUUUGGGCUUUGAAAGAUUGAUCUUGCGUUGUUGUUAUUAUCUUAUAAAUUAUAUUAAAUUAGAAAUUAAAAAUUAUGGUAUUCGCGUAAUUGACGAUAUUAAUUCAAAUAGAAGACUUAAUGAUUUAAAAAUUUUACAAAUGUUUUGUUCUUCUGAAUUUGAGUAUCCUGAGACUCGUAUUAUUUUAGAGAAUAUUGAAGAACACAUUGGAAAUAAUUUAGUUGAAAGAUUUUCUGAUUUAGGACUAAAAUGGAAAUCUGACCGAGCUAAUUAUGAGGAGUAUCUUGUUAUCACUAUAUCUUUUUCAUUUGAAAAUGUAUAUGAAAAUUUUAACUGA